CACUGAAUACAAUUGUAUUUAGCUCUUAAUUUAUAGCAAUAUGUCUUCUCUCACCAUGAACACAGAACUAUAGUGCUUCCAGGGCAUAAGUACUGUUGUUCACUUCCCUCUGAGAGAACAGGGCCCUUGCCAGCCUUCCUUGCUCAAAUAAAGUUGGAACUGUCUGAAAAACAAAACAGAGCUCCUGAAAGUACCACAGUAUGUUAGACUUGAUUAUCUUACUAGUGAACCAAGAAUAUGGAUCCAUUUUAGAUAGUGAAACUAAGAAUUAUGUUUAAAAACAGGUGCAAGAUGUAUCAAGGCAUUGAUGUCUUUGACUGGAGUGCACAAUUGUGUCUGUGGAACACAACGGGAAAGAAUGAGGCCAAAAAUACGAACACUACAGGUUUUGUGCCCAACCUGAAGGGGCUCCAGGUGUUAGGGACACCAAGGCUUGGAAACCACCAUGCCCUCCCUGCCUUGCCAGCCCAACCGGGACAGAGACACACACCGGCCAGCCCAGCCACCCUGCUGGGUGGAGGGAGCCCACUGGCCCCGAAGGCCUGUGCCUUUCCUCCCGGGGACUCAUCCCUUGCCACCGAGAAGAUGGCGUCAGGCCCGAAGCUCCCAGAAAACGUUUCUGAACGCAUGCCUGGCUCCUCCACAGGGCUCCGGCAUAAGGCUUGACUUUCCGCAGUGCCGGCGAUGGUGUACCAGCAGCCCCCCAACCCUUUCCUUCUACCCUUCCCCAGCUCUCCCUCUCUCGCAACCUGCCCCCCUCCCUCGGGCUCCCUCUUUCCGCCCUCGCCUUCGCGUUUCCUGUCUGGGCGGAGGAGAUUUGGCCCUGCGGCGGCGCCGUCUCCCAGCGGCUGCGGCGAGCGUCAUGGCGGCGACUCUCUCAAUGUCAGCGGCGCUGAGGCACUUUGUCGCGAGGAGCGGGGUCGCCGCGGCCCGCCUGUCGCCGGCCAGGUCACUGAGCACUUCCACAUGGCGGCUGGCACAGGACCAAACUCGAGACACGCAACUCAUCACAGUUGAUGAAAAAUUGGAUAUCACUGCUUUAACUGGUGUUCCAGAUGAGCAUAUCAAAACCAGGAAAGUGCACAUUUUUGUUCCAGCACGUAAUGCAAUGCAGUCAGGAGUUAACAAUACAAAGAAAUGGAAGAUGGAAUUUGAUAACAGGGAGCGCUGGGAGAACCCUUUAAUGGGCUGGGCAUCUACAGCUGAUCCUUUAUCCAACAUGGUUCUUACUUUCUCUACUAAAGAAGAUGCCAUUGCCUUUGCUGAAAAAAAUGAAUUAUGGUACCACAAGCAGUAUCCAUAAUUUCAGCCUUUUGAAUAUUCAUCAGUCCUUUUAUGUGACGGCUGGAGCUAUGAUGUUGAAGAAAAGAAGAUUCCAAAACCUAAAUCCAAGUCUUAUGGUGCAAACUUUUCUUGGAACAAAAGAACAAGGGUGUCUACAAAAUAGGUUGGCAUUGGCUAUCUGACUGUGAAUGAAGUCAGCUGUGCUAUAUUUAUAGUCCAUGUAUAACACAUCUCUUAAUCUCCUAAUAAAUUUGACCUUUAAACUACA